AUAAAAAAUAGUUAACCAAUGAGUGUCGAAGGAGUGGGUGAGAGUUGAGAGACCAACGAUCUGAGGAAACUAAAUUUCCACUUCACACAUUAAUCCUCACGACGCGAUGCUUUCCUUUCUCAAUUCGUCAGAACCAUCGUUUUCUUCUUCUUCUUCUUCUUCUUCACUAACUUCCUCUUCCCUUCCCCGUUUAGCUCCAACUUCUCCGGCCACUACCUCCGCCGCCCUUGCCGUCGUACCUACUUUUAGAGUCCAUCCUUCUCUUUCAAGUCUCGCCAUCCUCACCACCAAACCAACAACUAUCCCUUUCUCUUAUUCUUCUACUACUUAUCCUCCCAAACAUUUUCGUUCUAGGUUCAGAAAUUACUAUUCCAAUUCCGAGCCCACCUUCUCAGACAGAGACGAAAAUGGCGAUUACUCUGACGUCUCAGAUUCUGAAACGAUUUUUGAUGACGGUGGUGGCUUAAGUAUCCAAAUCGAGAAGUUGGGUACCAACUCUCGGAGAAUUUACUCGAGGAUUGGUAUUGAUGCUCCACUCCAGGCGGUGUGGAAUAUCUUGACUGAUUAUGAAAGAUUGGCUGAUUUCAUACCUGGUCUCGCUAUCAGCCAAAUACUCUUUAAGAUUGACAACCAUGUUCGGCUCUUUCAGGUUGGAGAGCAAAACUUGGCCUUUGGUUUGAAAUUUAAUGCUAAAGGAACCAUUGAUUGUUAUGAGAACGAUCUCGAAAGACUUCCUUUCGGUAAAAGACGAGUUAUCAAAUUCAAGAUGAUUGAAGGUGACUUUGAACUCUUUGAGGGGGAAUGGUCAAUUGAGCAGUUUGGUGAAGACGAUGAUAGCUUUCAAGAUCAAGAAAUACAUUCAACUUUGUCAUAUAGUGUUGAUGUAAAGCCAAAGCUUCUAUUGCCCGUUCGACUUCUUGAGGGGCGGCUUUGUGGUGAGAUAAAGGCUAACCUAGUGUGUAUUCGAGAAGAAGUACAUAAAACCAAUUCAACUACCCCCUAAUGGAUGGAUUCGAUUCUUCCCCACAUUUAUAUAAUGCAAUGUUAUAAAUUCCUUUGAUCAAAUUCCUGCCCAAGGCAGCAUUGGAUUUGUCAUCAUUGUCCAACACAGACAAAUGGCUAUACUAUUUUCUUUCAUCAUUUAUUUUCA